AUGACUAAUGGACUCUCAAACCCUCGAAAUCAUGCUUCUAGCUCGAGUGCAUCUACUAAAGCUGAAAAACGAAAAGAGUAUCAAAAAAGAUACUAUGCUGCACGCAAAGAAAAUAACAAAGUAUCUAAAUUUGGGAGUGGUGAUGCCCCCCAAAGUGCUUCAUCAAUAUCUUUAAUGAAUAAUAGGUCAACAGAAAGGACACCGUUAAGAAGUUUACAAACUAAUAUUACUCAAUUUCUACAAACAACAAAUGAGAACGCCUCAAGUGUUUCUACUACAAAAUGCAAGGAGUACAAUGAAGGAUGUUCUAAUACACCAAACGAUAAUGGAAUGCGUAUUUCAAAUGGCAGUCAAGUCAACCAAACCCCGAUAGAUGAUGUAAUUGACGUAGUCAGGCAUAGAACAUCACGAGGUAUUCAAAUUCAUCCGCGUACUUUAUUACCCCAAUUUGCUGAAGUAGUUGAUCAACCUUCACUCCAACAUGGGAGCGUAGAAGAUGAUCCUUAUAAUUUUGUUUACAAUGGUGUACCUGGAGAGCAUCGUGUUUUAAAGGAACGAGGCGCAUGUCCUAAUUGUGGAGCAAAACGAUUUCAAUUUGAAUUUGAUACCUUUUGUUGUAUGAGUGGGAAAAUCGUGUUAGCAAACUUAGAAAUUCCAGAGGAAUUGUACCGACUUUUCACGUCUCAAGAUGAAAUUGGAGAUUUGUUUAGGCAAAACAUCCGUGCUUAUAACACCAAUUUUUCUUUUGCCUCAAUGGGUGUGACAUUGGAUGAUACAUUGAACAAUAUGAGAGACGGCGUAUAUACUUUUCGUGCACAUAAAGGAAUAUAUCACAGAAUCGACCAAUUAGUUCCGAGGGAUGGGACUCCUAGGUACUUGCAGUUGUAUUUUUACGAUCCUGAUACUGAGUUAGAUCACAGACUCCGAUGGCCAAAUCUUGAUCGGCGUAUUACUCAGAUUUUAACACGCGUUCUUUCUACAAACCCAUAUGUUGAUACAUUUAGAAGACUUGCGGAACUAGGACCUCUGGACAACUAUAGAGUCACUUUGAAUACUUCGGUUGAACUUGACCAAAGGGUGUACAACCGACCAACGACAUCGGAGGUUGCUGGUAUUUGGGUUGAAGGUAAUGACAAUAUCACUUCGUAUAAACGAAGUAUUGUAGUGUACGGUAGGUCUGAAUAUAGACAAACUAUUCAGCCGUACUUCAGUUGUUACGAUCCAUUGUCGUAUCCUUUAUUUUUUCCUAAUGGUGAGUCGGGUUGGCAUGCUAACAUACCACGUCAAGGAGUAUCAAUCAAUGAGGUUCGCAACAAUGACAACAUCGAAGGAGAAAUGGAAGAGGCUAACACACGAAGUGGUAGAACAACCGUGGCUAUGCGAGAGUACUACUGUUACAAGUUCCAGAUUCGAUCUACCGAUAAUGUGCUUUUGUUCGGUGGUAGGCUGCUACAGCAGUUUGUGGUUGAUGUUUACAUCAAAAUUGAGACAGUCGGGAAAAGAAUUGUGUUGCCUGCAUCUUUCAUCGGGGGGCCUCGCGACAUGCGACGUCGGUUUCUAGAUGCGAUGACGUUAGUUCAAGACGACGGCAAGCCUGAUGUAUUCCUUACAAUGACAUGUAAUCCUAAGUGGCCUGAGAUAUGUGAUAACUUACAUGUUGGUCAAACUGCUACAGAUCGUCCAGACCUUGUUUCAAGAGUGUUCCGGGCUAAAUUAGAAGAUCUUAAGGAUCAACUCUUCAAGAAACAUGUCCUCGGGGAAGUUAAGUCAUACGUCUAUGUCAUUGAAUUUCAAAAGCGGGGUUUGCCGCACGCACAUUUUCUCCUAAUCAUGUACUCGCAACACAAGAUCAAUAACGCAGACCAUUAUGAUAAGGUUGUGUGUGCUGAAAUUCCUAACAAACUAACACAUCCCAGAUUGCAUGAGAUGGUUGUCAAGCACAUGAUUCACGGUCCUUGCGGCAAUUUACGAUCAAGCAGUCCUUGUAUGCAGGGUGAUCCUAAAAUUUGUCGUUUUCACUAUCCUAGACAAUUUAACGAACAGACGACACAAGGAGAAGAUUCGUAUCCGUUGUAUCGAAGGAGAGACACCGGGAUAGAAGUGGACCUACGAGGACAAACACUUGAUAAUAGAUGGGUGGUCCCAUAUAACCCAAGGCUUUUGAUGAUGUUUAACUGCCACAUGAAUGUUGAAGUUUGCUCAAGUAUAAAAUCUGUGAAAUAUCUUUUCAAAUAUGUUUAUAAAGGACAUGACAAACAGGUUAUUCAAGUCGAUCAAAGUGAGCCAGGGGUUGUUAUUAAUGAGAUAAAAAGAUUUCAAGAUGCACGCUACAUAUCGCCCCCAGAGGCUAUGUGGCGAAUUUUUUCCUUCUCUCUUUCUCAAAUCUUUCCUGCUGUUCUAGCCUUACAACUUCAUCUCCCAAAUAAUCAGAUGGUUAGAUUUAGAGAUGAUGACUUGAUGCCUAAUAUUGUUGAUAGGGAAAGGGAUAAGAGAACCAUGCUAACAGCAUUUUUUGAUCAGAAUAGAAACGAUGAAACAGCAAGGGUACAUUUGUAUAAAGAUUUUCCAAAACACUAUACUUGGAAUGGAAGCACACGCCGUUGGAGUCGUCGUUUCGGUAAAAAACAAAGAGGUCGUAUCGUUUCCGCUAAUCCAGCCGAAGGAGAAAGGUACUACUUACGCCUACUUUUGUCAAAUGUCAGAGGGCCUACUUCUUUCGAACAUCUUUGCACAGUUAAUGGUCAACGGUGUGCGACAUUUCGGAAAGCAGCUCUUGAGUUAGGCUUAAUAGAAGACGAUGAAUAUCUAUCACAAUGUCUCGAAGAAGCCUCUACGUUUCAGUUUCCCAAUGCUCUUAGAAGGUUAUUUGCGACCAUAAUGAUUUUUUGCCAAACUGGAGAUAUUCGAAAGUUAUGGAAUGACCACUUUGAUUCACUAUCUGAAGAUCAUCGGUUACACUGUCAAAGUAUAGAACGAGUUCAAAAUAUGGUUCUUACCGAAAUAAGUGUCUUGGUACAAUCCAUGGGUAAAAAUUUCAAUGAAUUCGACCUUCCUAAGAUAACUAACGAUGUUAACUUACAAGAUGCAGGUUAUCGUGAGUUACAAGAAGAGUAUGGGAUUGUUUUGGAACCUGAACACUUGAGUGCCAAACAUUCACUUAAUCCGGACCAAAAAAAUGUGUUUGAUGAGAUCAUGAUGCAUGUUGAUAAUGAUCUUCCAGGCGUGUUCUUUAUUGAUGGUCCAGGUGGAACUGGAAAAACAUUUUUGUACAUUGCCUUGCUUGCUGAAAUUCGGUCACGUGGUCUUAUUGCUCUCGCAACACCUUCAUCAGGUGCAGCGGCUAAUAAUAUGCCAGGAGGUAGAACGGCUCACUCGAGAUUCAAGAUUCCUCUUAAUCUUGAAAAUAAUUCAAUGUGCAAUAUUAAAAAACAGAGUGGGGCCGCUAAACUGAUUCGCUCUGCCAAAAUAAUCAUAUGGGAUGAAGCGUCGAUGGCUAAACGACAAGCGAUAGAGGCAGUCGAUCGUACAUUCCAAGACAUUAUAGGUGUUAGUCUCCCAUUUGGUGGAAAGAUAAUGGUUAUGGGAGGUGACUUCAGACAGGUGUUGCCGGUUAUCAAACGUGGCACUCGAGCACAGAUUGUAGACUCCAGCGUACGAAUAUCACCUCUUUGGUCUUUGACUAAGAAGAUGCGGUUGACCAUAAAUAUGAGAGCGCUGAAAGAUCCAUGGUUUUCUAAAUUUCUUUUAAGAGUCGGCGAUGGAACUGAAGAACCAAUCGAAGGAAACUAUAUCCGCAUACCCGAUGACAUGACAAUUCAGUGCAACAACAGAGAAAACGCUAUAAAAGAAUUGAUCCAUGCCAUCUUUCCAUCAAUUGAAGAUAAUGUAUAUUCUUCAGAUUAUAUAAUCUCUAGAGCAAUAUUGUCCACUAAAAAUGAUAGUGUUGACGAGAUUAAUAAUCAAAUGAUUGAAAUUUUUCAAGGGGAGGAAAAAGUUUAUUACAGUUUUGAUGAAGCUGAAGACGAUCAGCGCAACUUCUAUCCGGUCGGGUUCUUAAAUUCGCUAAAUGUUAGUGGUUUGCCGCCUCAUAAGCUUCAUUUAAAAAUUGGAUGCCCAAUAAUAUUGUUACGUAAUAUCGAUCCAUCACAUGGCCUGUGUAAUGGCACGCGGUUGAUAUGUAAGGGUUUCAUGCGAAAUGUUAUUGAUGCGGAAAUUGCAGUCGGUCAACAUGCCGGAAAAAGAGUUUUUUUGCCAAGAAUCCCUCUAACCCUUUCUGAAGAUGACAUGUUCCCAUUUAAGCUGAAAAGAAAACAAUUUCCAAUUCGACUUAGCUUUUCCAUGACGAUUAAUAAAGCUCAAGGUCAAACAAUUCCGAACGUUGGUAUUUAUCUACCGGAUUCUGUAUUUUCACAUGGACAACUUUAUGUCGCGUUAUCAAGAGGGAUUUCAAGACAAAGUACGAAGGUGUUGGUACAUCUCGCCAAAGAAUUCAAACAACGCGGAGUUUACACAUCAAAUGUUGUCUACCAGGAAGUGUUGCGUGAUUAA